ACUCUGUGAUGGCUUGGUGCUUCUAUAAAAGCCACCUUUGGGUCAUCGCAUCUUUCCCACACUAUCUCUCUCUCGUCUCUUCGAACACUUCAAGAAACACUAAACCAGAUUCCUAAAAAAAAACACAGAGCAACUUCACUUCUUCUUCUUUCCUUUGUUCUCUCAACAACUCUCGUUUUCUCUACAUCUUCAAUCUCUGAUUUUCUUACUGGGGGAAGUUUCAAAAUUCUCGAUUUUCUUGUCGAGAAGAUCUCUAAAUCUCACUUCACCUUCUCUGUUUUCUGGAAAUCCCCUGUUUUCUUUCCUACUUCUCUGUUUCAUAAUAGUAAAAAAUGGUGAGCCAAAACGUCGUCGUAGCAGAUGCAAAGACCGGGAUCAUAACUGUCUCUACAGUCUCUAACUCGUCGGUCUUUACUCCUUCCGCUCAAAAACCACCGACUGCUCCUGGUUACAUCUCAAUUUCCAAUAAAAAACUCCUCAAAAACCUCGAGAUCAAUGGAGCUCAAAGCCAAAGACUUACCUCUUGGGUUGACUCCAUGAGAGCUUCUUCUCCUACCCAUCUCAAGUCACUUCCAUCUCUCUCCGCUCAGGAAGAACUCAAUUCUUGGAUCAAACGACAUCCAUCAGCACUCGACAUGUUCGAACGUAUCAUCGAAGCUGCCAGUGGAAAGCAAAUCGUCAUGUUUCUUGAUUAUGACGGUACUCUUUCUCCGAUCGUCGAUGAUCCUGACAGAGCUUUCAUGUCUAGCAAGAUGAGAAGAACGGUGAAAAAAAUGGCUAAGUCUUUUCCAACUUCCAUAGUGACUGGUAGAUGCAUUGACAAGGUUUAUAGCUUUGUGAAGCUAGCAGAACUGUAUUAUGCUGGAAGCCAUGGAAUGGAUAUUAAAGGCCCAACUAAAGGUUUCUCAAGAUACAAUAAGGAUAAACCAUCUAUUUUAUACCAACCAGCCGGCGACUUUCUUCCCAUGAUCGAUGAGGUGUAUAAGCAGUUAGUGGAGAAAACCAAAUCAACAGCGGGAGCCAAAGUGGAGAACAACAAGUUCUGUCUUUCUGUUCACUUCCGUUGUGUCGACGAGAAGAAAUGGAGCGAACUAGCUUUAAACGUUCGGUCGGUGGUAAAGAAGUACCCGACGUUGAAACUGUCUCAAGGUCGAAAGGUUUUUGAAAUCCGACCUAUGGUUAAAUGGGACAAAGGCAAGGCUCUUGAGUUUUUGUUGGAGUCACUCGGAUUUGAGAACAGUAAUGAAGUAUUCCCGAUUUACAUUGGCGAUGAUAAAACCGAUGAAGAUGCAUUUAAGGUGCUACGAGAGAGAGGACAAGGCUUUGGAAUUCUUGUCUCCAAGUUCCCCAAAGACACGAGUGCGUCGUAUUCUUUGCAAGACCCACCCCAGGUGAUGGAUUUCUUGAAACGGCUGGUGGAAUGGAAACAAAUGCAGCAAUAAACAUCGAAGAGGCAUUGAAGUACAUUUAGUAGUCUCUUUAAUGAAAUAAUAAUGAUAAUCAUAACCAUAAGUGCAUAUAUAUAAUAUAUGUAUAGAUAAUAUGUCCAUAUAUCCCUAACCUAUGAUGGACUAAAGAUGGUACAAGAUCCUCAUAUAUAGGUUGAUUUUGUUCAUCAUAACUCUUUUCUUUUAGAAAAAGAGGUUAUAUGAACAAUUAAUACGGGGACUUGGGGAUAUAUAUAUAUAGCCUUCUAUCUUUAUUGUUUGAAGGCAAUUUUUUUCACUUUUCAAGUUAGGCUUAUUGUAUGGGAAGGGGGUAUAUAUAAUAUUGGUGAUACCUUUUGUAAAAUUACAAUGCAAAAUAUGUAUCAUUUUAUGGAAUAUAUAAUAUGAUUAUAUAUUCAGUUCUUUUAUGGAAUAUAUAUUCAGUUCUUUUA